GUUCCCUUCCUUGAAUGACAGACACACGGGACCAUGAGGAACCUCAGCUUGCUCCUCUUAUGGGGGCUUUGUGGUUUAUGCAGAUCGUGUAUUUUCUCAACAGAAUCAACAACUGAUGUGAAUGAGUGUGAGGACACCACCGUGUGCCCAGCUUAUGCGAUCUGCACCAACACCGUGGAGAGUUACUACUGCACUUGCAAACAAGGCUUUCUGCCCAGCAAUGGACUGACGCAGUUCAGGGGCCCAGGACUGACCUGUGAAGAUAUAGAUGAAUGUUCUCAAAACCCCCAAGCAUGUGGUCCCAACUCAAUCUGCAGAAACCUGCCAGGGAGGUACAAGUGUAGCUGUUUGCCUGGUUUCUCUUCUCCCACUGGAAAUGACUGGACCUCGAUAAAGCUGGGCCAUUUCUCAUGCAAAGAUGUGGAUGAAUGUGCCAGUCCCAGAAUUUGCCCGCAGCAUGCGACUUGCCACAACCGUCCUGGAAGCUACUCUUGUGUCUGCAACCAAGGAUUUGCAUCCAGCAGUGGAAACAUGAGCUUCCGGGGCCCAGGAGAGACAUUGAAGGGAAGAGG